AUGUCUCCCAGAGUGAUCGUCUUCGAUCUCCUGACAGCCCUGCUGGACAGCUGGUCGCUCUGGAAUGCCGCCGCAGGAGACGACACUGCUGGCCGUCGCUGGCGAACUCGCUAUCUGGAAAUCACCUUUGGAUCAGGCGCCUAUCAGCCAUAUGAGCGUCUCGUCGAGCAGUCAGCCAGCGAGACGGGUCUUUCAUCUGCUGCUGCUGCCACCCUGCUGGCCAGCUGGGACCAAUUGCAGCCCUGGCCUGAAGUACCAGAGGUGCUUGAGAGUUUAAAGGCACGAGGCUACCGAAUUGCCGUCGUGACCAACUGCUCCUCGCAGCUGGGACACCGCGCUGCUGUUCGCUGCGGAGUGCCCUUCGAUGCAGUGGUGACGGCAGAGGAAUCUGGCUUCUACAAACCGCAUCCCAAGGCGUACCAGGCUAUCCUCGAUGCUCUGGGGGUCACCGAUCCGUCAGACGCACUGUUUGUGGCAGGAAGCAACGGAGACGUUACGGGCGCCGCAGCAGCAGGAAUGCCGGUAGUUUGGCACAAUCGUGUCGGACUCCCUAUGCUCCCGGGGUCUGCUCCCCUCGUCGAGGGUCAGUCUUUGCGCCAGGUCCUUCGAGAAUGGCUGGGUUACAAGGGCCUGCAGAGAUCGGAGAUAUCCACGCCUACGCUGUAUCUCAAUCGACGGAAAUUCGCCGACAACUGCAAGCGGAUGCAUGACAGAGCGGCCGCGCUGAACGCGAAAUUUCGUGUGCAUAUCAAAACGCACAAAACGAUCCAAGGCACGGAAGAGGAGCUGCGACAUGGCGAUGGGCGAAUCGUCUGUAGCACGCUGAAGGAGAUCGAGUUCAUUGAGCCAUUGGUCAGGAAAGGAACCGUGCGCAGUAUUCUAUAUGGUGUCCCACCUGCAAAGUCAUACAUCCGACGGCUUGCGCUUCUGAAGAAGAGGCUGAAGGUCGAGUUCCUCCUGAUGAUCGACCACCCGUCGCAAAUCUCUUUGCUGCAGGAGCAGAGCCCUGAUGAGAAGUGGUCUAUCUUUAUCAAGAUCGACUGCGGCACCCGCCGCGCCGGCCUGGAGCCAGAAUCGCAGAGACUGAACGAAUUGAUCCAGACCGGACUGGAGGCAGAGAAUGUCAACAUCUACGGGUUUUAUUGCCAUUCAGGCCACUCGUAUGCAAGCAGCAGUCUGCAGGAAGCGGAGGGCCAUCUCAUCCACGAAAUCGCUUCCGCCGCCUCUGCUGCGAAGAAAUGUCUGUCUCAGCAGCCAAACUUGGAGCUCACAGUGUCAGUGGGGGCGACUCCGACAGCGCACGCUGCCUCCGCGUCUGUCUCCCAGCAGCUGAAGGACCUUCCGGGACAGCUGGAGCUGCACGCGGGGAACUAUGCCCUUCUGGACCUGCAACAGGUCGACACGAAUUUGGUGACUCUGGACCAGGUCUCCAGCUGGAUCGAGGUCGAAGUAUGCAGUGUCUACCUGGAGCGACACGAGAUCUUGGUCAAUGUCGGCUGUCUGGGUCUGGGCCGUGAGCCAGGCCGCGAACCAGGCGUCUGGGGCCGUGCAAAGAUUCUUGAUAAUCAACAGGACGGAGAAGAAUACCCCUGGAAUGUUGUUCGCUUGUCCCAGGAGCACGGCAUCCUGGCCCCGCGAACCUCAGACCCGACAGCACAGGACCGGAUGAUCAGCGAGGUGAAGGUGGGUUCCCGAGUUCGCAUCAUCCCGCAGCAUGCCUGCAUCGUCGGCGCCAUGUACGAGUCGUACAUUGUGGUAGAUGACGAUGACGGGGUGUGCGUGGAUGAAUGGGUUCGGUGUCGGGGGUGGUGA